AUGGACAACCACCAAGCAACCUGUGACUGCUCCCACUGCAUCCCACCCCAAGAACUCCUCCAUCACCCCUCCAUCGUGGGAAAAUGGGAAACAAAAGCAGACCUAGCAGCCCUCCGCCGUGAACAAGAGCUCCGAGCCGUAACCCAUCUCAAGGAAAUCGUCGACUCCUACAAAUCCCCCACCCCACAGAUGAGAUCAGCAUCAAUCAACGACGAAACCAAAGAGAUAGUCAAUGGAAUCUUUCAGCGCCGAAAGGAACUUACCAAAGUCUUCAAUAUCGGUGAAGUGCAACUUAUUCUUGCUUUCUGGUGCUACCAAAAGAACCAAAGGUCCGUUCCAUCAGUCAUGUUGUGUAUGUUUCUUCAAGAGGUGAUGGAACCUCACGCACCGAAAUCCUUCAAGACAGAGAAGGUGCAGAAAGAUAUCAAUGGACGAAAGCGAGCUGCUGGAUCAGACGGAAAAUCCGCUUUGAUGAUUAAAAAGAAAACUGUCGAUUUACUGUUUAAACAUGGUGUUUUUGAUAUUCUGAAUGAAUUGUUCCAUAAGAACCCGCAUGGAGUUUUCCGCUUUGAAUACGGAUGUGCUACAUUCUAUCCCAGUGAUUCGGAAAUUAAGCUCGGGGACAAGCGUUCUUACCAUUCAGCUACUGUUGAAGAGUUUAAUGAUUUAGAUGUCGACAUCGAGGUCGCUGCCAAUAUCGGUGCAGUCGAUCAGAAAUCACUCGCAUCAAUGUCGAAUGCUAGAAGCCGCACACUUCGAUCCGUGACUAUUUCCGAUAGCGAUGAUGAAGCGAUUGGAAUGCCCAUGUCGAUGCCGUCUAGUGUUACACAAAUGCAACCUGUUGUUGAACAUAAUCCUGACGAACCCGCGCUUGAAGAACGAAGGAAAGUGUUGGAUAAGCUUUCGAAGGGGAUUCCUCUGCACAACUCUCGUCCUUACAAUCCUUACAAUCCCGGUGGGAUGGAAGCGUGUCUGCAGAAUCGCGUCAAGCAUCUUGAGUCUUCUAUGGACCGCUUACAGGUUGACAAUCGUGAUACGCAAAGCCAGAUUAGGGACUUGCAGCACCAGAUUGAAGAGUUUCUCUUGUCUGCUCGCUUAGGUCUUCGUCCCAGUGAGGCUUUCGAAGAUUAG